GCCGGAGCCGCCGGGGGGACUCGCCCAGCGCCCUGCGGGGUGACCCCGGCUCCCGAGCGCCCCGGCUGGGGGGAGACGGGGCCGCCGUGAUCCGGAGCGCCAGGACCCGCUGCUUCUGCAGCUCUGGGCAGAGGUUACCAGUGAGAUGGUGAAGGUGCCGGGAUGUCCCAGGCUGCACCGGCCCUCGGGUUACCUCUCCACGGCUCUGUUCUUCGCGGCGCUCUGCAGCUCUGCUGCUGUCCUCAGGAGCAAAGAUUGCCAGUUCCCGGACCCCUCCGAUCACACUACCUACAGGUGCGUGUCCCCGGUGUGCAAGCUGUCUCUGGGCAGCGGCGUGUUUAAGGCUGGCUCCGUGGUGCAGCAUUUCUGCGAAGCCGGCUACGUCCUGGCCGGCCACCCUGGGGUCUCUGUCUGCAAGGGCGGCCAGUGGAGCGUGCUGAAGCCGGUCGUCUGCAAGCCCCUGGCAGGAUCCCCGGUGCCUCGCCCUGGCUCCGUCAUCGCUGUCUCCUCCAUCCCCAUGGUGGCUGCGGCCUCGGUGACGGCAUCCGCCCUGCUGCUGGUGGCCAUGGUGUGUGUACUGGUGGGGCCGAAACCCUGUAGCUACUGGUGCUGGAGGUGGUACGAGCCCAUGGAGGAGUCCGAGGAGAGCACAGUCGACAGCUGCCCGGUGCCGCUCCCAUCCUACGAGGAGGCCGUCUAUGGCUCCCAGGGGGGGGCCGUGCCGCCCGCGCCCCCCACACCGACGCCUCUCGUCCUCUCCAGGGGCCUGUCCCCCCCAUCGGAAGCAGCUGAGACCUGUUGGAAUCCAGAGGCCGCCACUCCGCCCCCUUCCUACCAGGAGAGCCAAGCAGCAGCUGUGGGCGGCUCCGGCCUGGCCCAGCCCACAGUGCCCCCUGCCCGGUUCCUAUUCCCUGGGGCUGCAAAGGACCUGUACAGGUAGCCCGGGGGGCCGGGGGUCCCUGGCAGGGUCUCGACACUACAGCAGAGACUCCUCAUUUGAAGCACACGCAGCGUGCUCCAUCUUUUAACUUGCUGGGGGGAGAGGACCCCCCCCCCAGUUACUCAGCAACUUGUGAAGCUGAUGGGACCAAAGCAGCCCCCUUCGGAGGGGCGUCUGCAGCCUUCUGCCUGGAUGGGGACCCCGCCCCCCCUGCAAGCUAACGGCUCUGUCUUCGCGGCAGCCCCGAGGGGCCGAUCUUUGCCAGCUGGCUGGUAGCCGCCAGCUCAGCGUGUUCUGACCACUCUGCACUGCCAUCCCGUGGGAUCCCAAUUUUCCGUGCCCCCCACUUCUCCCGCCAGGGUGUCAGUUCCCAGCAGAGCCAUCACGGGUUAACUCAGGGUACAGCUGCCACCUUCCUCCAGCUGUGAGGAUCUGGGGGGGGUGAGGGGCAGAUUUCUCCCUCCCCCCCCCCGACUUCCAAAUGCUCUGGCGAACAUCCCCUGGGCUUGUUCCAUUCUUGGGG